GCACCUAUCCUGCCUUUAACCCUGUAAAAGAGCCCUCUGUAGCAACUGCUCCCUCUCCUGUCCCAUCCUCCACCUGAAGCCUCUACUCGGCCUGAAGCCUCUACUCGGCCUGAUGCCUCUACUCGGCCUGAUGCCUCUACUCGGCCUGAAGCCUCUACUCGGCCUGAAGCCUCUACUCGGCCUGAAGCCUCUACUCGGCCUGAUGCCUCUACUCGGCCUGAAGCCUCUACUCAGCCGGACGCCGGCAUUCAGCCUGAUGCCUCUACCCAGCAUGAUGAACUGAUCCAGCCUGACGAUCCUAUUAGGCCAGUUGACUCGAUGCCCGCUGUUGAUCCAGAUGAUCCGGUACCUGAUCCGGUGCCCGCUGUCGAGCCAAAUGACCUGAUGCCUGGUGACCCAGUGCCCGCUGUCAUACCUGGUGACCCGAUGCCCGCUGUCGAGCCAGACAAUCCGGUACCUGAUGACCCGGUGCUCACUGUCGUGCCUGACUCGGAGCCCACUGCCUUGCCAGAUGACGCGGUGCCCGCUGUC